AUGAACGAAACUAAAAUCGGAGGUGAAGCAAACGGAAUCGAUGGACAUAAACCAACAAAUCAAAUAUUACCUUCAGCGCAAACUUUUGAAAUCGUUCGACAACAACGGUUUGAUGUUGGUCCACGUUAUACUGAUUUAAAAUUUAUCGGCGAAGGCGCAUAUGGUAUGGUUGUAUCAGCAUUGGAUCAUGCAACCGAACAACGUGUUGCAAUUAAAAAAAUUACUCCAUUUGAACAUCAAUGUUUUUGUCAGCGAACAUUACGUGAAAUAAAAAUUCUAUCACGUUUUCAUCAUGAAAAUAUAAUUAAUAUUCAAGAAGUGAUGCGCGCCGCGUCGUUCGAUCAAAUGAAAGAUAUUUACAUAGUGCAAUGUCUUAUGGAAUGUGAUCUCUAUAAAUUAUUACGUCAUCAACGUUUAACUGAUGAACAUAUUUGUUAUUUUCUUUAUCAAAUCUUACGAGGACUGAAAUACAUUCAUUCAGCAAAUGUCUUACAUCGUGAUCUCAAGCCGAGCAAUUUACUUUUAAAUACAAAUUGCGACUUGAAAAUAUGUGAUUUUGGUCUUGCAAGAGUAGCCGACCCAAAUAAAGAUCAUUCUGGUCUUCUUACUGAAUAUGUUGCUACGCGUUGGUAUCGAGCGCCAGAAAUCAUGCUUAACGCACGCGGUUAUUAUAAGCCAAUUGAUAUAUGGUCGGUUGGUUGUAUUCUAGCUGAAAUGAUUGGUGGAAAGCCUCUAUUCCCUGGUAAACAUUAUAUAGAACAAAUAAAUUUAAUUUUAAAUGUUAUUGGUUCACCCGAUGAAUCCGAUUUAGUAUCCAUCGUGAAUGAACGAGCUCGAAAUUAUGUCAGUUUAUUACCUGUUCGUAAGAAAACUCCAUGGAAACAAUUAUUUCCUAAUGCAUCAGAUUUAUCGCUUAAUAUGCUUGAUUAUCUUCUAACAUUCAAUCCAAAUCGUCGUGUUUCAGUCGAAGAAGCACUGAAACAUCCAUAUCUUGCUCAAUAUUAUGAUCCAUCAGAUGAACCGAUUGCGGUGCAGCCGUUUACAUUCGAUAUGGAACUCGACGAUUUGCCGUUACAGCAAUUAAAACAACUUAUUUUCGAAGAAACCGAAUUGAUUAAUGAACGCUUACAUAAAAGAGAACAGAUUUAG